AUGCAGGCUGAGGAGUACAACCUUCGAGGUAAGGAGCUGGUGGACUACAUCACCAAGUACCUGAGCACCAUCCAGGACCGCAGAGUCAUUCCAGACGUGAAACCAGGUUACAUGACCGCCCUCAUCCCCGAACGUGCGCCCGCAGAGUCCGAGGACUGGGACGCCAUCUUUGAGGACUUCCAGAGGGUCGUCAUGCCGGGAGUGGUUCACUGGCAGAGUCCUCACAUGCACGCUUACUACCCCAGUCUGACAUCAUGGCCGUCCUUGUUGGGAGACAUGUUGGCAGACGCCAUCAACUGUGUGGGCUUCACUUGGGCGUCCAGUCCUGCGUGCACAGAGUUAGAAAUGAAGGUCAUGGAUUGGCUGUGCAGAGCUUUAGGACUUCCUGACUUCUUCCUCCAUCAGCACCGUGACAGCCGAGGGGGCGGAGUCUUGCAGAGCACUGUGAGUGAGAGCACGCUGGUGGCUCUGCUGGCCGCCAGGAAGGACAAGAUCCUGCAGCUGGACCAGGACCAGGACCUGGACCUGGACCUGGACCCCUCCGUCCUCAACUCCACCCUGGUGGCCUACGCCUCUGAUCAGGCGCACUCGUCAGUGGAGAAGGCGGGUCACAUUUCGCUGGUGAAGAUCCGCUUCCUGCCCACAGACCACUUGCUGGCCCUCAGGGGGGACACGCUGAGACGGGCCGUGCAAGAAGACCGGCGGAGAGGACUACUUCCCUUCCUGCUGUGUGCCACCCUGGGAACCACAGGAGUCUGUGCCUUCGACGCCCUCUCUGAACUGGGACCUGUCUGUGCAGAGGAGGGACUAUGGCUCCACGUGGACGCGGCCUAUGCAGGCUCCGCCUACUUGUGUCCGGAGCUGCGUUGGUCUCUUGAAGGCAUCCAGUUUGCCGACUCCUUCGUCUUCAACCCCUCCAAAUGGAUGAUGGUUCACUUCGACUGCACGGCUUUUUGGGUGAAGGACAAACUGAAGCUCCAGCAGACGUUUAGUGUGGACCCUGUUUACCUUCGUCACGACAACUCCCAAGUAGCUACUGACUUCAUGCAUUGGCAAAUUCCUCUUAGUCGUCGUUUCCGAUCCCUCAAACUUUGGUUUGUCUUGCGCUCGUUUGGACUGAAGAAGCUGCAGGCACACAUUAGACACGGCAUCGACAUGGCGAAGCUCCUGGAGUCCCUGAUCAGGAGUGAGCCACACUUCGACAUUCCUGCCCAGAGACACCUUGGCCUGGUGGUGUUCUGCCUCAAAGCCGGCAACGCUUUAACCCAGGAACUGCUCCGAAGACUGACCUGUUCCGGGACCAUGUACCUCAUUCCCGCAGAGGUUCACAGCAAACGCAUCCUUCGCUUCACAGUCACCUCCCAGUUCACCACAGCCGACCACAUCCGCAGGGACUGGGGGAUUAUCUCCAAAAUAGCUUCUGGUCUCCUAGGUGAGACUGCUAGCCCUGAUCAGGUCCAGCUAGGAGCCGGGGUCAAGGCAGAUGAUGAAGCGACUGAGGAGACCACCCCCAGGAUGGACAAAGACCAAGUGGAGCUUUGGAUCGACAAGACUUGGAAUCGGUCCAGGAGGCCAAUGCGCUCUCUGAGCUGCAACAGCGAGCCCUACAGUUACCUCGGUCUUCGGUGUGGUCAUGCCUUUGAGAGCAAGCUGAGCCCUCAGGAGGAAGCGGGUGUCCUCUCCACAUCAGGGCCAGCAGGAGGGAAGCAAGUCGUGAAGAAGCUGACCAAGUUCUACAGCGUUCCAAGUUUUUGCAACCAGUGGACACCAGGUAGUCGCCACCACCUUUGCUGCCCCCUCAAAGUGUCUCAGGCUCCCAGACCCUCGUCCUGCCGCAGGUUGACCUGCAUCCCUCCUUCUAGUCCGAGCGACUCGCCUCCACCAGGAGAAAGCAAACUCCUUUGAAGCGGGUGAAAAGAUGACAAAGCAGAAGCUUGAGGAGAAGACUUUAUUCCAGACUGAGUUCUUGUUGAAAACUUUAU